AUGGCUAUCAACCCCCAAAUCGGCGAGCGCCGCUCCUACGACGGCGUGCCUUGCACCGUGAGAUACGUUGGCGAGGUUGCGGGAACGUCGGGUUCAUGGCUGGGUGUGGAGUGGGAUGACCCCUCGCGGGGUAAACACGACGGACAACACAAGGGCGUCCGCUAUUUCUCAUGCACAUCCCAGUCCCCCAAUGCCGCGUCCUUCGUCCGCCCCACGCGCGCAGCGGAUACGCCCCAGACCUUCCUCUCAGCGCUGAACUUCAAGUACGCCCGUGACCCGACUGAGGACCAGACCCCGUCCAGGCAAAUCAAGUUUUCGGGCAAGAUCGCCGAGGAGGUCGGGUUUGAGAAGAUCCGCCGCCAGCAGGCCCAGUUGGACGAGCUGCAGUUUGUCAUUCUCGAUGGCGUGCAGCUUGCUCUUGCGACGGACCCCGCGAGGGAUGGUGAUCAGUCGAUCAGCCAGGUCUGCCCCAAGGUUAGGGAGCUGGAUUUGAGCAGGAAUUUGUUUGAGCGGUUUGGGCCGGUUGUGCAGAUUUGUUCCGAGCUCAAACUGUUGCGGAGCCUGAAGGUCAAUGGAAACCGGUUCAGGGGUGUUUUCGACGAUAAAGUCCUGGAGUCCGCCGGCGAUGCCUUCGUUGGGAUUACGGAGCUCGCUCUCGAGGACACUCUCCUCUCGUGGGAGGAGAUAUGCCACAUCGCCUCCAAGUUUCCCUCCCUGACCACCCUCCACGCCGGUUCCAAUCAGAUCUCAGCCAUCACCAGUAUUCCAGAUGCCCCGUUCGCCACCCAGCUCGUCUCCCUCCACCUCGAGCUCAACGACUUGUCACCUCCCUCGCGUCACUCGCCCCGCUCGGCCUCCAUCCCCACCCUCCACAACCUCCUCCUCAAAGGCAACUACAUCUCCACCAUCAGUCCCCCAUCCUCCCCACCCCCCAUUUUCAGCCCCAACCUCCACUACCUCGACCUCUCCUACAACGCCAUCGCCUCCUGGUCCUUCAUCGACGCCCUCCCCACCACCAUCCCGGGCCUAACCUCCCUCCGCCUAACCCACAACCCCCUCUCCUCCGACCCCGACCUAGAGGACACCACUACCCCACCCCCCACCACAUCCCCGAAUUCCUUCGAGGACUGA